ACAAUCCAACGAAGCGCUUUCGCGGUCGUCGCGCUGUGAAUAUUCUGUGUAAUUUUUAGCAUUUAGACUGAAUUAAUAGUGAUUAAGAAUCGAACAUAUAGUACUUUGCUGGCGGAGCCAUUUUUCUUCUAUGUUUUGUGCAUUACGAGAGCGAGCGAGUGUAUAACAAAAAGCGUGUGCUCCCAUAGUGAUUGUAUUGACUUGUGCUCGUGUGUGUGAAACGACUGGAGGAUCGGCCGACCGACAUUUAGAAAAGCAGCCACGCCACAUAUUAACAAGGAAGAGAGCAAACAAUUUAAAUUUUAAUCAUUUAAACAGAAAAGGAAGCAAACAUGACUGAAGUCGAGCAACUGCCACAGAAUGGCAUAGACCCAACCGCCGGCGAUCACGACGAGGACAGCAAAGCGCGUCCCGCCGAUAUUGAACAGGAUAUGCGCGAAAUGGAGCGCCGCAAACGCGUCGAGGCCAUUAUGGGCUCGAGGCUGUUCCGCGAGGAACUGGAACGCAUCGUCGAUUCGGCCCGUGAGGUAGGUGGCGGGGCCAGCGGCAUACUGCCGCACCUGUCGGACAUUGUGGGCGUGCCGGUGAGCCGGGUGGGCAGCGUUUUCAAGAGCAGCAGUUGCAUGGUGCCCAUCAACGAUAUACGCGGCGUGGAGUCCAUAGGCUAUGCCAAGGGCGAGAAAAUACUCCGCUGCAAGCUGGCUGCCACAUUCCGUCUGUUGGAUUUGUACGGCUGGACGCAGGGUCUGGGGGCACAGAUCACCGCACGCCUAAAGGUCGAUCAGGAGUACUUCCUGGUCAAUCCCUAUGGCCUGCUCUAUCAUGAAGUCACUGCCUCGGCGCUAAACAAGGUGGAUAUGCAGGGCCAUAUUGUGGAGCAGGGCACCACCAACUUUGGCGUGAACAAAAGCCACUUUGUCCUCCACUCGGUGGUGCAUGCAGCACGCCCCGACAUUCGCUGCGCCAUCUACAGUGGCUGCAGUCCGGUUGUGGCCAUCUCUUCGUUGAAGACCGGCCUGCUGCCCCUCACCAGGGAUUCCUGUGUGCUGGGCGAGAUCACCACGCACGCGUACACGGGUCUGCUCGAUGAGGAGGAGCGCAACCGCCUUGUCCGCAGCCUGGGGCCCAACUCCAAGGUCAUACUGUUGGCCAACCACGGCGCCCUAUGCUGCGGCGAGACCAUCGAAGAGGCCUUCUUCGCCGCCUGCCACAUUGUGCAGGCGUGCGAGACGCAACUGAAGCUUCUACCCGUGGGUGUCGACAAUCUCGUCCUGAUUCCCGAGGAGACGCGCAAGAUCAUCUACGAGCAGUCGCGCCGGCCCCCAGAGGACCUGGAGAAGAAGUUUGCCGCCGUCACGGCUGCCGAGGAUGGGGCCACUGCCACGGAGACUGCUGUCGCUGAACAGGCGGCUCCCACGCCCAAAAUCGGCAGUCCGCCCAAGUGGCGUGUUGGGGGAGCCGACUUCGAGGCCCAUAUGCGCAUGCUGGACAAUGCUGGCUAUCGCACAGGCUACAUCUACCGCCAUCCCCUGAUUAAAUCGGAUCCACCCAAGCCCAAGAACGACGUGGAGCUGCCACCGGCCGUGUCAUCUCUCGGCUAUCUGCUCGAAGAGGAGGAGCUCUUUAGACAGGGCAUCUGGAAGAAGGGAGAUCUGCGCAAAGGAGGCGACCGCAGUCGCUGGCUCAACUCCCCGAAUGUGUAUCAGAAGGUCGAAGUCCUGGAGACGGGUACCCCAGAUCCCAAGAAAAUCACAAAGUGGGUCGCUAAGGGUUCACCCACACAUUCGACGCCCGUGAGGAUCGAAGAUCCGCUGCAGUUUGUGCCAUGUGGGACGAAUACCAAGGAGUUUAAGCGCAUCCAACAGCAAAUCAAGGAUAAUCGACGUGCGGACAAAAUCUCAGCUGGACCACAGUCUCAUAUACUGGAGGGCGUGACCUGGGACGAAGCGAACCGCAUCAAAGAUGCCACUGUCUCGCAGGCCGGUGAUCGUGUGGUGCUAAUGGGCGCCGCCUCCAAGGGAAUCAUUCAGCGGGGCUUCCAGCACAAUGCGACUGUCUACAAGACGCCAUACGCUAAGAAUCCCUUCGACAAUGUGACCGACGAUGAGCUGAAUGAGUACAAGCGGACGGUGGAGCGCAAAAAGAAGAGCAUUCAUGGCGAAUACACCGAUACGGACUUUUAGGAAUCAGAGGCUCUUAACUCGAUGCAGGCAGCGGGAGCUUUGGCUCAUGCUAAACACGCACAGAGCGAACCCG